AUGGCUUGGAAGUACAGAGUAGGGCUAAUUCUUCUUGUUGCUGUUGUGAUCAUAUGGGUUACCUCCUCCGAGAUCACACAGGGUAUUUUUACAGACUACGAGCAUCCAUUUGUGGUGACGUACGUCGGGACAUCGAUGUUGGUGGCUUAUCUUGCAAUUGCCUUCAUCAAGGAAUUCAUAGGGAAGAUGGUCAGAAGCCAUUUUUCAAAUGGAAACUCUAGAGAAGUUGCAGAUCUUCUCCCCCCAUUGUUGCAAGCUAUAGAAGAAAGAACAAAUCAACGUGAUAGUAACAAUAAUAUAAUUUCAGAGGUGGAAAAUAAUGAUGUUCGAUGUAUGGUGAACAUUAUUCAAUAUGAAGAUGUGAGAAAUAAUAAUAAUAAUAACAACAACAAUGGUGGGUGUGAAUGUGAAGCAAAAAAUAUGGAGAUGAGAAUAUUGAAAACAGUGGAAGCAAAAUUUAAUACAAAGCAAAUUGCUGUGUUGGCUCUCACAAUUGGUCCCAUUUGGUUUGUUUCUGAGUAUUUUACAUAUGCAGCAUUGGCAAGAACAAGUGUAGCAACCACAGCCAUAUUAUUCUCAACAUCAAGCCUUUUCACACUCAUAUUUGACGCUUGCUUGGAACAACAAUCUUUAACUACUGUCAGAGUUGUUGCAGUCAUCGUUAGCAUGGCCGGCGUCGUCAUGACUACCAUGGGCAAGACUGGGGCUCGAGAUGAAGCUUCGUCCUCCUCUUCUGUGCACAAAAAGCACUCGUUUAUAGGAGAUGGAUUUGCUCUACUCUCUGCUCUAACUGACGGACUCUACUAUGUGCUUUUGAAGAAGUAUGCUGGGGAAGAAGGAGAAAAAGUUGACAUGCAGAAAUUUUUGGGAUAUGUUGGGUUAUUCACUCUCACUACUCUUUGGUGGCUAAUAUGGCCAUUGAGAGCCAUUGGAAUAGAGCCCAAAUUUAUGAUACCUCAAUCCACCAAAGUUGCUGAAGUUGUGCUUACCAAUUGCUUUGUGGCUAAUUUUGUCUCAGAUUACCUUUGGGUAAUGGGUGUUGUUUGGACAAGUCCACUUGUAGCUGCUUUAGGUGCAUCUCUAACUAUACCACUUGCCAUGGUAGGAGACAUGAUCCUCCAUGGUCGCCAUUAUUCUUUGGUUUAUAUUUUUGGAUCCAUUCAAGUAUUUUUAGGAUUUAUAAUUGCUAACUUUUCGGAUUGGAUAUCACCCAAGUUGAUAUUGAGGAAGAAGUUCUUCAAUAGAGCAAAGUAA